UGAGAGGUGCGGAUAGGUGAGGGUAAAGCUACGCUAGCGGAUUAAAUUUCUUCAUAAAUUCAAGUUGUCAGCAAUUUUGAAACAUGUCUGCUGAUAAAGAAGAUGAAACUACGACUCUACCUUGUGUUAUAAUUACAAGCUGUGAUUCGGGGUUCAAGGAGCAGGACUUAGUCAGGCAAAUCCUGGGCAUGUCGUCAUUACCCAAACCCACAAAAAAGGAGGACAAUGUGAUUUGGUAUCCAUGGACAAUAAACAACAAAUAUUACACUGCCGAUGUCAGUCUUUGUGUUGUGCCAAGCCCAUUUAAUAUGAAUUUAGAGGUGGCUCAGUCUGCACAGGCUUUCAUCGUCUACUUCGAUAGCAAAACGAAAGACGGUCUAAAUGCGGUCACUCCAUGGUUAGCACUCCUGGAAGAAAUUACUCUGGAAGUUCUCAUCUUAGUGUGUGACCAUGUAUGUGAAAACGGUGUAAGCAGACAUGAAGCUCAGCAGUGGUGCCUCGCUCACGCAUUUGAACUGGUGGAGCUCAACCCUCAGGAACUGCCUGAUGAGGAUGAUGACUUCCCAGAAUCCACUGGAGUAAAUAGAAUUGUUCAGGCUCUGAACGCCAAUGUCUGGUCCAGUGUAGAGAUGAAAGAUGAACAUAAUCAGGGAUUUGGCCUGAUGAGCAGUUUGGUCGCAGCACAUCAUAAUAAUCCACGACCAACAGCAGAGACACAGGGCUUAUCUGCCUGUACAGAAGGAAACACAGAAGCACCGAAGACUGAAAGCAGUCAGAACAGCACAGAGGGGGUGAACUCGGUAGUAGACCCAAUGACUGACUUGGACAUUCAGGAGCUGGCCAAUCUCACAGCUGGGGAUGCGGAUGUGGACAAUUUUGAGCGUCUCUUUACUAAACUUAAAGAAAUGAAAGAUAAGGCCUCUUCAAUGCCUCGUGAACAAAGGAAGGUGCAUGCAGAAAAGGUUGCCAAAGCAUUCUGGAUGGCGAUCGGCGGCGACCAGGACGAGAUCGACGGCUUGUCUUCGGGAGAAGAGAGCUAAAACCAUGUAACGUCUGUUAUUCAUAACUCCCUGCCACCAAGAUCCUUGGCCUUGGGUCGUGCCAUCAAAUAUAUGAGCAGAUAUGGUGGGGAGAGCAAGCGCUCCAGCCCCAAGACUUUAAUAACCUGGUGCAGAACCAUUACCAGCUGCUGGCAUUAAAUAUUGUAAUUUAGGACGGAUGGGAGAGGGUGCGGCUCCCCACAUCUGCCUUCUGUAGUGGGUCUAAACCAACGUGAGCAAGUUCAUGCACCAGAUGCAUAGACGUGUGUGUGUGUGUGCGUGUGCGUGUGUGCAUGCAGGCAGUCUUUGGUUCUUCGGUUGAGGACUGUACUUUGUGCUGUUGUGUAUAAUUUUGUUCCCAGUAUAAAGGGGCAGAAUUAUGGACAAAGCCGAUAGUUGUUUUUUGGAUUUGCAAAUGUUUUGUACAAGUAAUCUUACCUUAUCAUGAUCUGACUAAUUAUUUCUAAUACUAAUCACCUAUUAAAAUGAUUAAUGAUGCUAAAUUAUUUAAUAUUUCUAUUAAAAAUGAUGAAUCGUU